CUUUUCUAAUAUUUCAAAAUAUUGAAGGCUGUGUGGUAAUCGUUGUUUAAAAAUAGUAAAUAUCUCGUCUAAAAUUAACUUGAUGUAACUUUUAAGAUGAGUUACGAAUUUUUGGCUGGUUAUCAUAUCCCAACAAUACCUCAAGGAAUACCCACAACAACCCCAGUGCCAUUUUCCAAUGAGGGUCAACUGCAAACUAUGGAGAGUCACAAUCAAUAUCAAAAUUUUAAUAGAUAUAUUCCUCCAGGUUUACAAGGUAUCAAUACCACACCGUUGACGCCACCCAAGCCCCUUAAACGUAAAUAUGAUGUGGGUCCUGGCAGCAAGGAUAUAGUGGCAGAAACAUCAACAAAUGGGCAGUUAGUCAUAUUUUACGGCCGGGAUGUUAGUUAUCCGGAAGAUUUAAAUAAACUGUUGCAUCCGCUACAUUGCACAUUGUGUGGGGUACAAAUGAAUUCGUCAAAGAGCGCGAAAGAUCAUUACGAAUCUAAACAACAUGAUCGUCAUAUAACAAAUUGGUUAAAACUAAACUAUACUGAAAAAGGACUAUCUGCGCCGACGGUGAAACGAUUUAUUAAGGAGGGUCCAAGCGGAGCAGAUAGUUUCCAUUGUGAAGUGUGCGAUUUGAAAUUCGGUUCUUUGGCACAUGCAAGUCAACAUUUUGCGGGUCGCAAACAUAAACUGGUGAUGGGCAAAAUUUCACAGCCAUCGGGUUCUGGUUAUUACAAUGCUGAAAAUAAAUGGGUCCGAACUGGUACGAAAUUUAUACCAAAAACGGAUAAUGAUAAUCGUUUUGGUAUCGGUGAACUAUUUAAGCAACCAAUCGAUGAGUCAACUCUCAACGUUGUACCCUCAGCCGAUACUACUACUACGCAAACAUCUGUGCCAGAAAACAUUGCGUCUAAUUCGGUCGAAAAAAUUUUAGUUUCCACCGCAGAAACACUCAACGCGAAAGGAUUACCACUGCAUUGCGAGAUAUGUAAAAUAAAUGUUACGUCCGAGGUGCAGAUGGCAAUGCAUUUGAAAGGCAUUAAACACAAGAAAAAGUUGAAAACUUUAAGCAUAGAUGAGACGCUCGAACAAAGUCCAAUUGUAUCCAGUGCGCAUGCUGUAUUGGUUAAAUCCGAAGAUACUAUACUGGAAAGCCUUAAACAAAGUAACCCAAGUACAGAUUUCUCAAUGUAUCGCACACCAAGCGGCUCCUAUUAUUGUGAGUGCUGCAAUAUGUCCAUGUGUCAUCUAGCAGCGUUACAACAACAUUUGGCCGGCAAAAAGCAUAUGAAAAAAGUAAUCGAAGUUAAAGACAAGGCUAAAACCAAAACCGAUUCAAAGCUAUAGGCGGAUUUACUUAAUCAUUUAGUUCUGCAGUGUGGAGAUUUUAGAAAUGUACUCAGCUCUAUAAUUCUACUUAGCCCUGAACAUCUUAUUAAGGAACGUGAAUUGCAAAAUAUAUGUUGUUGCUUUGCAAUACUAUUAUAUGAGGUCCUUGGUUACUGCGUAUUUUGAUGUUAAAGGUUCUAUGUUCGGAAGGCUUAAACUAUUGCUAACGAAAUUCGUAAAACAAGUAUACAAAUCAACAAAAUCAAAAUGUUUAUUGUACUACAACAAAUGUUAACCAUCCUUUAUUGGGUUGCCACAACUUAUGACUGUAUUGAAUGAAGAAGCCGUGCUGUAGGGCAAAAGGCAAACGUUUAUCAAUAGCACAUGGUGCAAUAUUUUUACACAUUUAUGUAUGUUUAGCAUAGUAAAAUUGUACACCAACAAACCUUAAAUAAGUGUUUACAAGAAGCAUGUAAAAUUUGAAUUGCUCUAAACUUAAUAAAUAAUCGGGGGCCCUGAAAGAGUUAUAUAUACCCAGAUUUAAAA